AUGGAUUCAGGUGGUGGAAGUCUUGGAUUGCACACAUCAGACUCUAGAAUGGCACAUACCAUGAUUAUGCAGGAUUUUGUGGCUGGAAUGGCUGGUACUGCUCAUAUCGAUGGAGACCAUAUUGUUGUUUCAGUUCCUGAGGCUGUAUUAGUUUCUGAUGUUGUCACAGAUGAUGGGAUAACUCUUGAUCAUGGCCUCGCAGCUGAAGUUGUCCAUGGGCCUGAUAUCAUCACCGAGACUGAUGUAGUAACAGAAGGUGUAAUUGUUCCUGAAGCCGUACUUGAGGCUGAUGUUGCUAUUGAAGAAGAUUUAGAGGAAGAUGAUGGUGAUCACAUCUUGACGUCUGAGCUAAUUACGGAAACUGUUAGAGUACCUGAGCAGGUUUUUGUGGCUGACCUUGUUACUGGUCCUGAUGGACACUUAGAACAUGUGGUCCAAGAUUGUGUUUCAGGAGUUGACUCUCCCACAAUGGUAUCAGAGGAGGUUCUUGUAACUAAUUCAGAUACAGAAACUGUGAUUCAAGCAGCUGGCGGUGUUCCUGGUUCUACAGUUACUAUUAAAACUGAAGAUGAUGAUGAUGAUGAUGAUGAUGAUGAUGAUGAUGAUGAUGAUGUCAAGAGCACUUCUGAAGACUACUUAAUGAUAUCUUUGGAUGAUGUUGGGGAAAAAUUAGAGCAUAUGGGGAACACACCAUUAAAAAUCAGCAGUGAUGGUUCACAAGAAGAUGUUAAAGAAGAUGGAUUUGGUUCAGAAGUAAUAAAAGUGUAUAUAUUUAAAGCUGAGGCUGAAGAUGACGUUGAAAUAGGUGGAACGGAAAUUGUCACAGAGAGUGAGUACACCAAUGGGCAUUCUGUAGCUGGAGUGCUUGACCAGAGCCGAAUGCAGCGGGAGAAGAUGGUUUACAUGGCAGUUAAAGAUUCUUCUCAAGAAGAAGAUGAUAUCAGUUGCGCUGAAAUAGCAGAUGAAGUUUACAUGGAAGUCAUUGUAGGGGAAGAGGAAGGAACUUCUCUCCCUGAGACUCAGCUUGAGGACUCUGAUGUUAAUAAAACAAUUGUCCCUGUUGUCUGGGCUGCGACAUAUGGAGAUGAAAGAAGAGUUUCUCGAAGGUAUGAAGAUUGUCAGUCAUCAGGAAAUACUUUGGACUCAACAUUAGAAAACAGAAGUAGUACAGCAGCACAAUACCUUCAAAUUUGUGAUAGCAUUAAUACAAAUAAAGUACUUAAACAAAAAGCUAAGAAGAGGAGAAGGGGAGAAACGAGGCAGUGGCAAACAGCUGUUAUAAUAGGCCCUGAUGGACAGCCCCUGACAGUAUACCCUUGCCAUAUUUGCACAAAAAAGUUUAAAUCCAGGGGAUUCUUGAAAAGACACAUGAAGAAUCAUCCUGAUCAUUUGAUGAGAAAAAAAUAUCAGUGUACAGAUUGUGACUUUACAACUAACAAGAAAGUGAGUUUCCAUAACCACUUAGAAAGCCAUAAGCUUAUAAACAAAGUUGACAAAACCCAUGAAUUUACGGAAUACACACGAAGAUACAGAGAGGCUAGUCCAUUGAGUUCAAAUAAACUUAUAUUAAGAGACAAGGAGCCGAAGAUGCACAAGUGCAAAUACUGCGACUAUGAAACUGCAGAACAAGGACUGUUAAACCGACAUUUACUGGCUGUUCACAGCAAGAAUUUUCCUCAUGUUUGUGUUGAGUGUGGGAAGGGCUUUCGACAUCCUUCUGAACUCAAGAAGCAUAUGAGAACCCAUACUGGUGAGAAGCCAUAUCAAUGUCAGUAUUGUGUCUUCAGGUGUGCAGAUCAAUCAAAUUUGAAAACUCACAUUAAGUCUAAGCAUGGUAACAAUUUGCCAUAUAAAUGUGAGCAUUGUCCCCAAGCAUUUGGUGAUGAGAGGGAACUUCAACGCCAUCUGGAUUUGUUUCAAGGACAUAAGACACACCAGUGUCCUCAUUGUGACCAUAAGAGCACCAACUCAAGUGACCUUAAGCGGCACAUCAUAUCUGUCCACACUAAGGAUUUUCCUCACAAAUGUGAGGUCUGUGAUAAAGGUUUCCAUCGUCCUUCUGAGCUCAAAAAGCAUAGUGAUAUCCAUAAGGGUAGGAAGAUUCAUCAGUGUAGGCACUGUGACUUUAAAACAUCAGAUCCAUUUAUUCUUAGUGGUCAUAUCCUUUCAGUUCAUACUAAGGAUCAGUCAUUGAAGUGUAAAAGGUGCAAAAGAGGGUUCAGACAACAAAAUGAGCUCAAAAAGCAUAUGAAGACUCACACUGGAAGGAAGAUUUACCAAUGUGAGUAUUGUGAAUACAGCACUACAGAUGCAUCUGGCUUUAAACGACAUGUGAUAUCAAUACAUACAAAAGACUAUCCACACAGGUGUGAAUUCUGCAAGAAGGGAUUCCGAAGACCAUCAGAAAAAAAUCAGCAUAUUAUGAGGCACCACAAGGAGGCUCUUAUGUAAUAAGAUCAAUAUAAAGAAAGAAGCUAUUUAGAAAAUAUGACAUGCUACAUGGGAAGAUAAUUUCAUGAACUGUUUCACCUGGUUACAAAGCUUGAUAUUAAAUCAUAAAUGUACAUUCUUUUUAUUAAAGAUCUUAAGAUAUUUGAAUUGAGAGGGGAUCUCAUAGCCCUUUGAAAUUAGUUAAAGAAUUUAAGGAGCACCAUAGAAUGGUUGCAGAAAACCUUAUUGUCUAUUUAAUAGUAUUAUAAGCAUAAUUCAGCUACAGAGGGGAAGAGCAAAGACAACCACUUUAUUUGGCUGAUCAUACUAGAGACAGAUGUUUCUGAAAAGAUCAUAUCUAAUUGAGGAGUUUAGCAAUGUUUUGCUAUCGCAAGCAAGUGUCACUUUUAUGCAGUUUUAGAAAUGAAGUGGGGAAAUAAAAUGCAGUCAUCCAUUAGUCACUUAGUCAUUGAGCCUUUAUAUGGUACCUGGAAAUUGAAUUCCAGAAAUGGCAAAAGUUUUGUGUAUUCAUCAAAAGAAAUUUCACUGGAAAACAGGUUAGAUUAAUUCAAUACUAUUUAAAAGAAUUUCAGAGCUGCUAAGAUUUUAUCACAGGAUAGGAUGUUUAAAAUAUAGCAUUCUGUACUGAAGUCUAAAGAUUAAAGUUCCCCUUUUUUUGAUGUUCAAGUUGAUUGUUGUUCAGUGUGGC